AUGAGUACCCAGGCCCCACACACACUACAGAAACUGGCAAUUCAGAGCUUGCUGAGGGACGAGGCUUUGGCCAUGGAGGCCGUUGAACACUUGCCCGGGGAACUCUUCCCACCAGUGUUCAUAGAGGCCUUCACCAGAGGAUACACUGAGGUCCUGAAGGCCAUGGUGCUGGCCUGGCCCUUUCCCUGCCUACCCCUGGGAUCCCUGAUUCGCACGAUGAGCCUAGAGACUUUGGACACUCAUCUGGAUGUAGCCCUCAUGCUAAAAAGGAUGUUUCCAGCACUGUUGGAUGGGCUCCAUCAGCUAUUGAGCCAGAAGGUUUGCUCCAGGAGGUUGAAACUGCAAGUGCUCGAUAUGCGGGAUGUGCACCAGCACUUCUGGAGGGUCUGGGCUGAAAACAAGUCGGAAGCCUGCUCCUCAGAAGCCAUGAAGAGAAGACACACAGAGAAGACUGGGCCAAGGAUAGCAACAAGGCAACCCCUCAGGGUGAUUCUAGAUCUGUGGAUCAGUGAGGAUCCUCUGGGUCCUCCUCCUCAUCAACCAUUCCUCCUCAAGUGGGUCCAGGAGAGGAAAGGUUCAGUGCAGCUGGAUUGUACAAAGCUGUGGAUUACAUCCACGUGCUUUCCAAAGAUCAUGAGCGUCCUGGAAAUGCUGAACCUUGAUUCUGUGCAGCAGGUGGAUGUGGGUCACUACUGGACACUCUCCACCCUGGCUCAUUUUGCCCCUUACCUGGGCCAGAUGCAAAAUCUCCACAGAUUAACUCUCUCUAACAUCCCUGUGCCUGCCAGCCUUUCCGCAGAGAAGAGAGACCAGUUGGUCACCCAAAUCACCUCUCAAUUCCUUAAGCUUCACUGUCUGCGGGAGUUUUAUAUGGAAUCUGUCUUCUUCCUCGAUGGCCACAUGGACCAGGUGCUCAGAUGCCUCAAGUGCCCCUUGGAGAAACUCUCACUAAUUCACAGCCCAUUCUCACACUCUGACUGGGACCAGCUGCCACACUCUCCGAGCAUCAGACACCUGAAACACUUGGAAAUGUACGGUAUCAGCCUGACUUCGUUUAACUUCCAUCCCCUCUGCUUUCUCCUGGAUAACACUGCAGCCACUCUGACCACCCUACACUUGCAGGCCUGUGGAAUCACAGAUGCCCAGCUCUUGGCCUUUCUGCCUGCCUUGAGCCACUGCUCCCAGCUCACUACCUUCAGCUGCAUGAGGAACCCCAUAUCUGUAGACACCCUGGAGAGCCUGCUGUGCCACAUGGCCUGGCUGAGCAACUUAAGAAUGGAGAUGUACUCUGCUCCUCAAGAAGCUUAUGUCCCCAGGAAUGCUGUCCACCAGCUGACACUGGAUCAGCAUCGGGAUGAGCUGAGGAGGAUCAUGAGGCCAUUAAACCACCCCAGGAUAGUCUGGUUUUGUAUUGCUCCUGUGGUCUCUGGUGGUCUCUGUUCCAGCUGGGGCGUCUCUUCCCUGCACUCUGCUCCAUGCUAUUGUUGUAUACCUGUCUAG